UGCUGCGCUCAGCUCUGGUUCAGUUCAGGGACACAAGGGCGGGAAGAAAAACGCUGGUUUCGCAGUGGAGCAGAAAAGCGCCGCCAGCAGCGAGCAGCCUUCUGGACCGGACCUUUAAUAGUAAAACUGUGAAGAGCUAUGUUACUUUUCCUGACUGCUGAAUUGUUUUGAUUUUAUGAGCAGAAGAAGAAGCGACCAACAAUCUAAAAGACUCUCAUCAUGUUCACAGAGGUCCUACUUGCUCUGGUGAUUGGCGGACUGAUCUACUUCCUGGUUCAGAGGAGUAAGACUCAGGUCCUAACAACAGAGGAUGGCUGGUGGGGUUCUGGAGCACCCCGUGAUGCUGGGGAGGAUGACACUAUCCGCUCCUUCAGGGUAACCACCAGCAAUCAAGAGCUGGAGGACCUCUACAGGAGGAUUGAUCUGACUCGUCCUUUUCCCUCACUGGAGGACAGCCAGUUUAAUUAUGGCUUCAACUCGCAGUACCUGCAGAAGGUGGUCUCUUACUGGAGAAAUGAGUUUGACUGGAGGAAGCAGGUUGACAAGCUCAACCAGUACCCUCACUUCAAAACCAAGAUUGAGGGCAUUGAUAUCCAUUACCUGCAUGUGAAACCCAAAAAGGUGCCAGAAGGGACGAGUGCUGUUCCACUGAUUAUGGUCCAUGGCUGGCCUGGCUCCUUCUAUGAGUUCUAUGGAUUGAUCCCUCUGCUCACAGACCUGUCAAACCCACACGACCUCGUGUUUGAGGUGGUGUGUCCCUCCAUUCCAGGGUAUGGCUUCUCUGAAGCACCACAUAAGAAAGGUUUUGAUUCGGUCUGCGCGGCUCGUAUCUUCCACAAACUGAUGAAGCGUCUGGGUUUCCAGCAGUACUACGCUCACGGUGGAGACUGGGGCUGGCUGGUCACCACCAACAUGGCUCAGCUGGAACCCAAAACUGUCAAAGGCUUGCAUUUGAACUUUGCCCCGCCCUCCAAGCCAGGGCUGUCCAUGGCUUUGUCCAUGAUGCUUGGCCGGCACUUCCCUAAGCUGUUUGGCUUCACUGACUUUGAUAUUCAGCGAUUAUUUCCCUGCAUGGAGAAACUGGUGGUAGAAUCCAUCAAAGAGACUGGCUACAUGCAUAUCCAGGCCACCAAGCCUGACACUGUGGGUCGAGGGCUGAAUGACUCUCCAGUGGGACUAGCUGCCUACAUUCUGGAGAAGUUCUCCACAUGGACGAGCCAUGACUUCAGGAACCUGGAUGAUGGAGGACUCACACGGAAGUUCUCUCUGGAUGACCUGCUGACAAACGUCAUGAUCUAUUGGACCUCUGGCUGCAUUAUCUCCUCCAUGAGGUUCUACAAGGAAAACUUUAGCCAAGGUCUUGAUGCUCCACAUGCAAAGAUACCAGUCUAUGUCCCCACGGGUUUCGCCUGCUUCCCUAACGAGUUGAUGCACACGCCCAAGCUGUGGGUCAAACAGAAAUACCGUAAACUUGUGACCUUUACUCCCAUGGACCGCGGUGGUCAUUUUGCUGCUAUGGAAGAGCCCCAGCUGAUGGCAGAUGACAUCCAGAAGUUCACAAAGAUUGUGGAAGGGAAGGUGAAAGAGUAGAGGGUGGACUGACAAAUACAGAAGUAUGAAUAGACAUCAGCUGGGACAAAGUUCUGAGCAGUAAGUGGACAUAGACUCUGAUUCUAGAUGAAGUAAGCUUUGUAUUUCUUAUCUGAAGUGGAUUCUGUAAGAUAGGAUAGCUCUCUAAGUGACACUAUGAUAAAGUCAUAUGCCGUGUUAAUGGUGAAAUAAAGAGUGGUGGCUGAAAUUGAAA